AUGAAAGUUGUAAGCUUACAACUGCCGUCUGGGCCCAGUAUGGAGCGGCUACCGCUACCAUUCAGUCCAACAGAACUAUUAUGGCGUUACCCACUACCCUGGGCGCCACCGCCUCCUUCACCGCUUGGUGACACCAAGGCGCAACUGCCAGCCGGUCUUCCGCCAGAACCAAGACUAUGGACCAGAGAGGAUGUUUCUGUAUUUCUGAAAUGGUGUGAAAGAGAAUUCGAUCUACCUAAUUUCGAUAUGGACCUCUUUCAAAUGAACGGUAAAGCAUUAUGCUUGCUUACUAAAACAGAUUUGGGUGAAAGGUGUCCUGGAGCAGGCGAUGUCUUACAUAAUGUUCUUCAAAUGCUUGUACGCGACGCAGCGCUGUUAGGCAGAGUUCCUUCCUCACCUGUUACUCCCACCGCUCGUGCGGCACCGUAUCCACCCUCUCCCCACUCUCAUCCACCGACACCAACUUGGACUGUUGAUGGUUUCCACCAUUUCCACAGCGCUGCAGCAGCUGCAGCAGCUCAACCUAAUUCAGUGACUCUCAGUCCUGCUCCAUCAGUUGAUAGUUCUGGAAGUCCUCAAAGAGGAGACACUGUAACUUAUGCGCCAGCGUAUGCACCGUCCGUGCCCCCCACUACUCAAGCUGCCAGUUCCGGAAGUAAUCAUUCAGAUUCCGAUGAAGAGGGUCAAUACGCUCCACCUCCACGUUCUCCUAAAGAAGCUCCAAUAACGAGUCCAGCCCCGCAAAAUCAUCCAACACAACAACAUCCUCAUUACCGCGCUCAACAUAGGGAAUUUUUUCCAAAUGAUAUGCCAGAGUCCAAUACAAAUGGAAGACUAUUGUGGGACUUCUUACAACAACUUCUGAAUGACCCAACGCAAAGAUACACAAACUAUAUUGCAUGGAAGAACAGAGACACUGGCGUGUUUAAAAUUGUUGAUCCUGCUGGACUAGCCAAAUUGUGGGGAAUUCAAAAAAAUCACCUAUCCAUGAACUACGACAAAAUGUCCCGCGCCCUGAGAUAUUAUUACCGUGUUAAUAUUUUGCGCAAAGUCCAGGGCGAAAGACACUGUUACCAGUUCUUAAGAAACCCAACAGAAUUGAAAAAUAUCAAAAACAUAUCUCUACUGCGACAACAAAUGAGUCCCACUCGCGUUGUACCACAAACUUUGGUAAAAACCGAAAUGAAAGAAGAAAGAUGUGACGAAGAAACAGUCGAUGAAGAAAUGCCUACAGAUUUGAGUAUGUCUGCAUCAGAGCCUUGGCGGAAACGCGCACGCUCUGACACAGCGACCGCACCGCCGUCGUCAACGCAACAUGACAAACAUCGGAUCAGUACGCUUAUCGGAGAUAACAUGAUAAUGAAACGCGAAGUCGACUACAGUGCUGAGCAUUAUGCCUUAAAUUUAAAAAGUGAAAAAUGUGAACAGUAAUCUUAUUGAGAUAGACUAAGGACACAACUAAAGUGUGACAAAGUUCAAUAAUAAUUGUGGAACCAAUUUGUUACAUUAACUCGUCUUUUUCCACAUAGACAAGAUUUAGUCUUCCGGAAGAAAAAAAUAUCGACGAUAACUGCGAACAGUUCGUCGUAGUGUGUUAAUACAGUUAACAGGGUACGGACCUUUAAACAAUGCCUUUGUGCCAAGUGAUUUAUUAUGCAUAAAAGUGUCAAUUAACUAACUAGUAAAAGAAAUGAGAGAUUAUUUUAUAUCGAAGUCAUAGGAACUAUAUUUUAAGAUUGUGCAAUGUAUUAAAACACCAUUUCAAGACCCGCAGUUUUUAAAAAUGUCGCUGAAAUCAAUGUUGGUACUUGUGCAUUGCACGCAUUGCAUUUGUGUAAUUUUAAUAUUAUUUUCAAGUAUAAUUCGCAAACAGAAUUCUAGUUGAUUUGAUUAAAAGAGCUGAAAAUAUUAGUCAUAUAUGUCUUCCAUUGAUUCUUGGCAAAUAAUUUCAAAUUUAUUAUUAUUUUACAUACUUUCCGCCACAACUACCACAUCACAAAAAGGCAGCUUUAUCAUGAACAGCUUUUAAAUUCUAAAUACAGUCUAUUCAACAGACAAUAACGUGAGUUAUUUUAAUAAGAUGCCUUCGAAUCAAUAAUUAAAAACAAGCACUGUGAUAAACGAAGUGGUAGACAAAUUAGAAUAUGCUAGGGCUUUUAUUCAAAGAUUUCCAGCUACAUUUUCUGUGAUCUCUUUUAUCAAUGUAGAUAAAUUUCAUAGAUUAAAGUAAAGUUGUUUUGUAAAUAGUAGGAUAAGUAUUAAUUAAGAUACUAUUAAGAAAUUGACUGUAAAAAGUGUGUUGUACGAUUUGUAAAACAAAGUGGAGCUUUAUUAAAGUACCUAGUAGUUAAGAAAUAGGUUCUAUGACAACAGUGUUUGUAUUUUUACAGUUUAUAUUCGGCUUUGUAGCCACAUCUUCCAUUGUACACAAUAUAAACCUGAAUAAUCAGUAAAAAUAUAUUGUGUCAAAUUUAUUAUAAAGUAAAUAAAAAUAAUGUUAUC